UAACAUUUGUCAUAUUUUUUAUUAAAAACGUCGAGAUUUUAAUCAUUCCGGAGAUAAGUUGCAAUUUUAAACAUGUCAGCUAUAUCUGUUUCGUUCACAAGAAUAGCUGUUUGCUGAAAAUGGAUGAUCAAUGAUUGACUACCAGAAUUUGGAAACCAACAUCUAUUUUACAACUAGCUGAUGACUUGGUGUCGAAUUCAUGCAAUUUCAAGUCAAAUUCUACUGACUUGGUCUAUUGGAGUUCUCAAGAAAUUAUUUGAUGAUAAAAUUGUGAGACAGUGUUACUCAAAGAGGACUGUACAGCGAGGUUACUGUUCGGAAACUCUAACACCAACAAAGAUGAGGGUUCUAAAUGUUGCUGAGAAGAAUGAUGCUGCAAAGUCAAUUGCUGAUCUCAUGUCCCGUGGUGGAUAUCGUAAGAGGGAAGGAUUCUCAAGAUUCAAUAAAAUCUAUGAAUACAACUACAAUAUAUUUGGACAGAACUGCACAAUGACCAUGACAUCUGUUUCUGGUCAUUUGCUAAACUAUGAGUUUGUCGGCAUGUAUAAAAAAUGGAAUGGCUGUAAUCCUGUGGCCUUGUUCGAUGCUCCCGUUCAAAAGUUUUGCCCUGAUGAUUACAAGGAUAUCAAGCGCACCUUAGAACGAGAAAUCCGCGGCUGCUCAACACUUGUCAUCUGGACUGACGGUGACAGAGAGGGAGAAAACAUCGGCUUUGAGAUAAUUCAAGUUUGUAAAGCAGUUAAACCAAACAUCAGAGUUUUGCGAGCUCGGUUUUCAGAGAUUACUCCACGGGCCAUUGAUCAGGCUUGUCGCAACCUUGCCCCACCAGACCAGAACAUAAAUGAUGCUGUUGAUGUUCGCACAGAGCUAGACCUGAGAAUAGGUGCAGCAUUCACUCGCUUUCAAACUUUGAGACUACAGAAGGUCUUCCCAAAUGUCUUGGGUGAACAGUUGAUCAGUUAUGGCAGUUGCCAGUUCCCAACGUUAGGGUUCGUUGUCGAACGCUACAAGCAGGUGGAGGCCUUCAUACCUGAACCGUUCUGGAAAAUUAGAGUCACGCAUAAGGUUGAAGAAGGCUUGGCUGAAUUCAACUGGAAAAGGGUGAAGUUAUUUGAUCAUACUGCUGUCUUAGCUCUUUAUAUGCAUUGUCUCGAGACCCCUAUUGCAACAGUUGUUGACGUGCGCAGCAAGAGUAAGAGCAAGUGGAGACCAACAGCCCUCGAUACGGUGGAACUUGAGAAGCUUGCAUCGAGGAAGCUGAGGAUCAGUGCCAAAGAGACCAUGAAGAUUGCAGAAAAGCUCUACACAAGUGGAUUUAUCAGUUACCCGAGGACCGAAACGAAUAUUUUUCCGGAGGACUUCAAUCUACCUGGUCUUGUGCAGAACCAGGUUCAGGAUCCUAACUGGGGAGCCUUUGCUGCUCGGGUGCUGGAGCAAGGUCCAAAUCCUAGAAAUGGGAAGAAAUCUGACCAGGCCCAUCCACCGAUCCACCCUACCAAGUACACCAACAAUCUCCAUGGCAAUGAAGCCAAGGUGUAUGAGUUCAUUGUCAGGCACUUCCUUGCCUGUUUGUCUCAGGAUGCCCAAGGGAUGGAGACGACUAUUGAAAUAGAUGUCGCUGAAGAAAAGUUCACUGUGGCUGGACUGAUGAUCAUUGCUCGAAACUAUUUGGAUGUUUAUCCAUACGAUCGCUGGAAUGCUAAGAUUAUACCUGUGAUGCAAACAGGACAGCAGUUUAUGCCAACAGCAAUUGAGAUGAACCAGGGUGAGACGUCAGCACCAGCACUUCUGACAGAGGCUGAUCUGAUUGCCUUGAUGGAGAAGCAUGGGAUAGGUACUGAUGCCACUCAUGCUGAUCACAUUGAAACCAUCAAGUCGAGAGUGUACGUCGGGUUGGAGAAUGAUCGAUUUGUUCCUGGUGAACUUGGCAUUGGCCUAGUCGAUGGUUACAACAAGAUGGGCUACCAAAUGUCCAAACCAAAUCUGCGAGCUGAACUAGAGAAUGAUCUCAAGCUAAUCUGUGAAGGAAGAAGAAACAAAGAUGCUGUGUUACAGGAACAAAUACGAAAAUAUAGAGAGGUGUUUGUUGAGGCUCUCAACCAAGCCAGCAAGCUCGAUGAAGCAUUGUCACAAUACUUUGGAGACGCUCAGACUGUCAGAUCAGCAGAAAUCCUGCCACAAGUGUCAUUUCCUGUGAUGCCCUGCCCAGUGUGCAGGCAAGACAUGAUCCUCAGAGCAAAGAGAGAUAACAAGGGGUUCUUUUUGUCUUGUAUGGGAUUUCCUGACUGUAAAACGGCCAUUUGGUUUCCGGAUGGCGUUUUGUCUGCCGAAGUAACGGAACAUAUUUGUGAAACCUGCAAGCCAGGACCGGUCCAUAAGUUAAGACUGAAGUUCAAGAGAGGUUCAGUCCUGCCAUCUAUUCCACUUGAUUGCAUUGGCUGCAUUGCUGGGUGUGAUCCGGAUUUUGCCGAGCUCUUCCGUCUUUCGCUACCUGCUGGUGGCCAAGGACCCACAUCUGGAAACCAGGCCCGCAGCAAUACCGGAAACAACCGCAACAAUACUGGAAACCCGGCCCGUCCCAAUUCUGGAAACCAAAGACCUAACAACAAUGACAGUGGCUACGGUAGUAGCUUUGGCAGUGCAAAUUCUAGCCGCGGAGGAUCGCAAAAUAACUCUCGUAGCUUCUUGGGUCAGAAUAAUAAUCUCGGAGGACCGAAUUCAAGACCAUCAAAUAAUCAAAAUAGAUUAACGAACAAUACCCGGUUUCCAGCACCAAAACCUCCAACCAACACAAACUCUAAUUCAUACCAUACCAAUGCUAAUAACUUUUUUGGUUCAAAUACGACCAACCAAAAUGUUGGCUCCAAAGUGAACAGUGGAGGACAAGCUUCAAAUCAAGGUUUUGGUUCCAAUACGAGCAACAGGGGAGGGCCGACAUACAAUCAAGGUGGCAGGAUGCCAUUUACACCCAUCUCAAUGAACAAUAAUGGGUCUGGAAACAGUUCAGGGGAUGGGGAUGCGAUCGUGUGCAACUGUGGCGAGGAUGCUAGGAGCCUGACGGUGAGGAAGGACGGGCCAAAUCAAGGGCGUCAAUUUUAUGGAUGUGCUAAACCAAAAGAGGCGAGUUGUGGUUUCUUCCUGUGGGCUGAUGAUCAGCAUCAGGACACCAAGAAUAAGAACGACUAUGGAAAUGACUCGAGUACAACCAACUACGGCAGCAAUUCAAAUACGAGUGCAUGGACAAAUACUGGCUAUCAACCUCCUAGACCUGGUGGAGAUAGUGAUGGUGGUGGUGUCAAGUGUCAGUGUGGUUUGGAUGCUACUUCACGCACAGUUCAGAAAGAUGGACCAAACAAAGGGCGGCAAUUUCACUGCUGCUCAAAACCGAUGGGUGACCAGUGUCGAUUCUUUGAGUGGGUUGAUGAGAAUACUGGAGGUGGAGGUGGUUUUGGUGGCAACAAUCUCCCUGGCCCUGGCAGAGGCGGAGGAGCUGCUGGCAGAGGAAUCAAAAGGAAGACAUCCACGACAGCACAGCCUGGAACAAGGAAAAAACGUUCAUGUGGUUUAUGUGGAGAAGAAGGACACACACGGAAAACUUGUAGACAAAAAGACGACUGAGGAAUCGCCAACAUAAAACCAUUACCUGAUAGUGGCAAGGAACUGAUCAUGUGAUACACAUGAUUUUGGCAAGGAACUGAUCAUGUGCUACAUGUGAUUAUGGGAAGAAACUGAUCAUUUGUGAUUACGGCAAGGAACUGAUCAUGUGAAGUAUCAUGGCAAAAAACUGAUCAUGUGGAUUUCACCGGGUGGUUGUCAAUUCUGUCGCCUGCUUGAAAAUGUGACGGUGUGUACAUUGCCCAUGUACAUUUGCACCUACAUCAACAUCUAUGCAUCAAGUUUCUAGCGACUCUGUUGAAUUUUGAAAGCAAGUUAGUGGCUGGUGUGGAAUCUAUGAAGUCUUUGGUUUUGCAUGUUUAAGUCUGAUCAAUAGAUGCGUUAUUUAGCUGGUGCUUCGGUUUGUUAUUUUAUCUGAUACCUUUUAAUUGAUAUGAUAAUUGAAAUUGAUAUGAGAGCUUUGGGUUCUUUUAGCAUCUAUGUUUUACCAGUUGUACCGGUAUGUUUUACAGCUGUUCGUAGAGUCCUGGACUUCUUUCAGAGGAAAACCUUGGGAGUUUUUUCAUUUCAACCUGUUAAGGCUUUGAUAAAUAUUUUUAAAUAUUUUAUGUUGUAGUGUAAAUAAAUAUGAC